AUGUCAUCAGAUUUUGAAGUAGGGGAUAAAGAAAGCAAUGAUUUCCGUAGUUUUAUUGCUGAAUCUUUUUUUUCAAACAAAUUGAAAGAGUAUGUCUAUGGCUUUUUUGGGCAUCUGUUUAAGGAAAAAUACAGCCACAAUACUAAAUUUAGGAUGCAGGUAUUUUAUGAAAUUUUGAUAAAUUUUAUUAUAGUUUUACAGCUUUCUCCACUUGCCUGAUAUCCAGAAAUGAAAGCAACAGGGUGGGAUUCUUAUGUUUGAUUUUGGCAAGACAUAUCCUAUAUAAGUUACGACGGUAUUUGUGCAUACUACUCUAUUAUGAAUUUUUGCUUUUACGGCACCGUCAUACAGAUUGGUGCUUGUUUUGGAUCAUUUGCAAUUUUUUGGCUUUAUAUUUACUUUGAUAAAAAAAUUCCAAAAUUUAUAUCAAUUUUGCCUAAAAAAAUUGCAAUGCUUAUGACAUCAAUUUGCAUUAUCCCAAGCACUAUGAUAUUAAUUCUAGUGAUAAAAUAUUCGUUAAUUAAUCGAGCUACAAUAGAAGAAUACAAUAAUUCGCUUUCUUCUGAUAAUUAUCUGUGGCAUCCAAGUCUCAGAAGCCGAAGGACUGUUCAGAUCAAAGCUAUCGGCACAGCGUAAAAGAGCCCCAAAGCAGGGACGUAUGCUCAUGUGGGUUAAUGUGGUACUGGACGCUAAACUUUAUAAAUCUAAGCUAAAUUUUCUGAUACUUAUAAUUUUGGCACUUAUGGAGUAAUUUUCGGAAUAAUUUGUUUAUCAGCAUUAAUUUUUGUAAAUAUUUUUUGUGAAGCUUUUACCUGUGAUAUGAAGCAUUCUCACUCAAAAACUAAUAUAAAAGCUAGGGCAUGUGCAGAUUUUGACUUACAGAGAAGAUGGUUUUAUGUAAUUUCAUGUGUUUUAAAUGUAUUUUUAGGGACUGAUAAUGCAGUUUUAUUCCAAUGCAUAAGCUUUUUAUAUUCAUUUUAUUUAUAUAUUCACUGUAUAUGAGAUGUGCAAUAUUUUAAUCCUAUAGAAAACGCAAUUCAAGCUUCCAAAAUGGGGUCAAUUUCAGCACUUUACUUUACUUUUUUGUUUGGGCAGCUGCUAAAUGAUGCACUAGUAAUAAUAAUUUUUACUUUAUUUUUGCAGCCAAUGGUCAUUUUUAUGACUAUUUGGAUAGUCUAUAAAGGCCACAAAAACCUAGAAAAAUCGAUCCACAGCCCAAAAGACCAAUUCCAGUUCGAGCGAAAAUUCCGACAUUUAUUGACUGAUGAAAACCUUUCAGACAAAGAAGAAGUUAUAAAUGUCUUCAAAAAAUACUGAAAACAAACUUUAUUUCAUAAGGACAAACUUUUCGUGAUCUGGGAGUUUAAUUUUUGCUUUUUUAUUAUGAAAGACGAAAAACUUGCCAGAAUAAAAAUUUCGAAAAUUGCGAGUGCGAAAUCUACAUUUGAAGGAGACGCCCAAGAGUGGAGACUGUUUGAUUGACUAAUAAGAAAGCAGCACUCAGUAUUUCCUGAUACAAGCUAUUUGGAGUUUUUAAAAGAAUUCAGCAGAGUAAAAAGCCAAGAUGAAGAGCUCUGCUUUAUACUGACUGAACUGCAUGCAGAAUUUUCUUCUAGAACCCCAAGAAUCCAAAAACUUGUGAAUUUAGUGAACAGGUCUGCAAAUCAUAUAAGUUUUGUGGAUACUGGGUAUAAAUCUCUAAUAGAAAAGCACAAAAAUAUAGAAGCCUUAGAAAUGUAUGCUGGCUUCCUUGAAAAUAUCAUUAAUAAUCACGAUGAAGCUAAUAUGGCAAUGAAGAAGAAAAAUGGAAUUAAUUUUUAUAACCAUAACAGCGGCAAUAAUAGUCUGGAGAACUAUGGGAAAGAACUCGCAACAAUUCUUGUGUCUUGCGCUGAUGAUUCUUUUGGGACUAUUGUCUAUCUCAAUGAAAAAGCCUCACAGCUGCUGAAGGCUCCUAUAGGGAGUAUUCAUGGCUCAUCUAUUUUGAACUACAUUCCUCAGCCUUAUGACGCUUUGCAUGAAAAUCUGAUACGAAAUUUUAUAUUUGAAUGCAACUCUACAGAAAUUAUCCCUCACAGGCAGCUUUUUUUUCAAAAUCAUGCUGGGUUUUUGGUAGAGACUCAUUUUCUAAUAAAAUUAACUGCCUUUCAUAACUGCGCUUAUUUUUUGAUUUCUUUUCAGCCAAGAGACAUUUCGAGAGAACUAGCUAUAUUAAGUGAAGGGGGUAUAGUUAUUGCUCAUACAGAAGCUUAAACUUAAACCGAAUUAAGAUUAUCAAAGAAGCUCUUUAUAGGCCUGUCGAGCGGAUUAUUCACCUCCAUAUCGCUCUGCCGCUUGUUUGUCAAUCAAAGCUUGCACUCGCUAUUCUUGAGUCAGAGGCUUGAGUCACCAUGCCAUACGUUUAUGGGGUUUGGCUUUAGAAAAUUCGAAAAGUAAAUGUUCUAGUCACUUAUAUUUCAAAAUGGAGAUCAUAGCCCAGGACAUAAUGCCUGGUAUCGCGCUGGAAACGUUCCCGAUUGACCAGGAGUAACUCCACUCACUCCACCAAGCCAAGUAAAACCUGGCCGGAUACAUAUUACAAACGCUAGAUCCUUCUAAAGCGUCUGGGCUACCCCAAAUACAGGUGUUAAGAGGAUUGGUUGGCUCGCUAUGCCAUUUUAAUGCAUAUGCUUAUACAGAAGCAUUUCCUUAUUAUAUAGGUAUUGAAGAAAAAAGUGUAAAAAAUAAAAAAUUAGUAGACAUAGUCCCUGUUUUAGAUACAGACCAUAUGAAAGAGCUUGAACCUUGGUUGCUUCCUUUUAAUAACACUGAGCUUAUGAUCGUCCUGAUGAGAAAACAAAUAAAAACCAAAACAAUUCGUUUAUUAGCAGUAAUUCAUGAUGAUGCAGGGAUAAAAAAUUGAAAAGAAGGGAACCCUCAUGGUCAAAUCGAUUUUUUGUCCUCAUUAAACCUUGUAGAUCAAUAUGAUAAUGAUACUGAUGAAUCCCCAGUGAUUACUAAGCCAGUUUUAACAGUCAAAUUUCAACAGAUAAAUUAUUCAUUAUCAACAAAGACUUUUGAUGCAAUAGAAAACGAAACAAGCACUCACUUUGAUAAUUUAGGAGACAAAGAAAAAGCUGACCAAGAAAAACUCUCUGACAACAACUCACAAUCUGCUUCAACUAAAACCAUAAAUCCUACAGUCGCGAAUUAUUCAAAAAAACUAUUUUUGGAGUCUAACUCCCCCCCCCUCCGUGAGUGAACAAAACCAUUAGAAAAAUCGCCAUUUUUUGCCCAAAAACCCACCCUCCGUGAGUGAACAAAAUUUUUUUAAUACAAAAAAUUUUUUAUGGAAAAAAAAUUUGAUAUAUAAAUGAUAAUUAGUAUAAUAAAUCUAGAGCUAAUUCUAUUUAAAUUUUUAAACGAAUUGCUUUUUAAAACAUAAAUUUUAUAAAUUAAAUUAGUAUUUGCUUUCCAAUUUUUGUGAAUUAGGAUUUUUUUAAAUUUCGAAAAAAAUAUUUUUUAUAUAAAAUUUAUAUAUAAAUUUUUUUAAAAAAAAAAAUUAACCCCCCUCCGUGAGUGAACAAAAUUUUUUUUGUUCGCUCACGGAGGGGGGGGGAGUAAGAAGAAAAUAAGAGCUCUACAAAUUAUUUUAUUUGUGGUGGUAAGAAAUAAGCAGAUGUUUUCUGUGAUAAUAACAGUGGCAGCUAUUUUAGGCUAUAUGAAAUCUGAUGUCUUGUACACUACUAGGCUGAAAGGGCUUAUUCGAUUUAGCCAGGUUUUAUAUGAUAUAAGCUCAUUUGCUGACUUCCGUCUUUAAAUUCGAACAGAAAAUCCUGUUCCAAUUUAAAUGUUAACUUUUGUUAAUUUUCUCAUUAAAAUUACUUUGAAUUUUAAUUUAUAUUUACGAAAAAAAUUAAUUGAUUUAAUUUUAAAACUUCAUCGUAAAAUUUUCCUAUUAAAAAUAAAUUUAUUCAAUUUAAAUCAAGGCUAAACUAUCAAAAAAUGCAAAAUACCAAUGUUUUGCUCCAAUUUAAAAGGGGGGAGUGAGGUUGCUAGAUCCAUAAGCCAAGAUGCUCUUAAUAAUGAUAUAAAUAGUGAAGACAUAAACAGCUUGCAAAAACUUAUAGAAAAUAUCACAGCAAUUCAGGAUGAGUAUUUUAAUGAUUUUAAAAACUGGAAGCAUUAUCCAAAUGCAAAAAAGCCAAUUUGCCUAUUAUUCCUCUGUGGUAUUUUGAUGGAGAAUCUCCAAAGAUGGAGCAUAGAAAUUUUUAUAACUUGAUUUCUGAUUUUAUUCUAACUCCCCCCCCCCCUCCGUGAGCGAACAAAACCAUUAGAAAAAUCGCCAUUUUUUGACCAAAACCCACCCUCCGUGAGUGAACAAAAAUUUUUUUAAUAGAAAAAAUUUUUAAUGGAAAAAAAUUUGGAUAUAUAAGUGAUAAUUAGUAUAAUGAAAUCUAGAGCUAAUUCUGUUUAAUUUUAAACAAAUUGCGUUUUAAAACAUAAAUUUUGCAAAUUAAAUUAAUAUUUGCUUCCCAAUUUUUGCAAAUUAGGAUUUUUUUAAAUUUCGAAAAAAAUAUUUUUUUAUAAAAUUUAUAUAUAUAAUUUUUUUAAAAAAAAAAAAUUUAACCCCCCUCCGUGAGCGAACAAAAUUUUUUUGUUCGCUCACGGAGGGGGGGGGGGGGGGAGUAA